AUGUCCAUCGAGGGUCACGACUCACAAGUGGUGCACAUUGAGCUUGAGCCCGAGCAAUGUCUGCGCGCGGAGACGGGUGCGAUGAUUUACAUGACCGAAGGUGUGGAAAUGGAGACGACCACCGCUGGAGGUUUCGGCGAAGGCAUGAAGCGCAUGAUGACAGGAGAAAACUUCUUUGUGUCUCGCUUCACGUACCACGGCAGCGAAAAAGGCAAAGUGGCGCUUGGCACGAGCUUUCCUAGCAAGAUUGUCCAUCUCCGCCUGAGCGACUUCCUUGGCGAGUCUAUUAUCUGUCAGAAGGGGGCGUUUUUGUGCGGAUCGGAUACCGUCAACAUCGAAAUGGAGUUUGCCAAGAAGUUCGGCGUUGGCUUCUUCGGAGGUGAGGGAUUCAUUUUGCAGCGGCUAACAGGAAGUGGCGAUGUGCUUGUUCGCGCCUCUGGAACGUUGAUUGAGCGCGAGCUGCAGCCAGGUGAAGUGCUCCGCAUUUCGAGCGGCUGUCUUGUCGCGUUCGAGCCCAGCGUGCACUACGACAUCACCAUGUUGAAGGGAGCGAAGAACGUACUGUUCGGCGGAGAGGGGUUGUUCGUGACGACGCUCACCGGCCCCGGAAAAAUCUACCUGCAGAGCCUGCCGUUCGACCGCGUUGUCGGAGAAAUGGCCUCUCGAAUCCCCCACGGCGGGUCAGGCGGCAUGAUGUUCCCGUUCAUGAUGGAUGGCGGCGGUGGCGGCGAAGGUGCGAGUGCUGGUGCAUCGACUGACGUCGGCGGAGACGAAGCGUUUUGCACCGAAAGUGCCGGAGAUGAUGACUGGAGCGCCAAGGACGACGAUAUUUAUGGCGAUCGCAGCGAGGAUCCGACCAACGGGAGCGAGUUCGACGACGUCCCCGCUGCGGAUUCGCAGGAGUCGGGUGGCGGCGGCGGCGGCGUCAUGAGCUUUUUUGACAGCCUCUUCGGCGACGAUGAUGAGUAA